GUGAAAGCAGAAAGACUACAUUACCCAUCUCGCUUCCUCUUUGGUAAAGUGUGUGAAAGCACAACGACUACAUUACCCAUUUCGCACUGGGCACGCACGGAUCCGACGGAACAAAUAAGGAUGCAGCGAGACAAAACAGGAAACGCCGCCGGGGCUGAAAAGCCUGACCGGGAGGCCGCCAUUAUGUCCAAGUACUACGACGGAGUCGAAUUCCCUUUCUGUGAUGAGUUUUCUAAAUAUGAAAAGCUUGCCAAGAUCGGCCAAGGGACCUUUGGGGAGGUGUUCAAAGCCAAACACAGACAGACUGGGAAGAAGGUAGCGCUGAAGAAAGUGUUGAUGGAGAAUGAGAAAGAAGGGUUUCCAAUCACUGCUUUGAGAGAGAUCAAGAUUCUGCAGCUCUUGAAACAUGAGAACGUUGUCAACCUCAUAGAGAUCUGUCGAACCAAAGCCACCCAGUUCAACCGCUACAAAGGAAGCAUCUACCUGGUGUUUGACUUCUGUGAGCACGACCUGGCAGGGUUGCUAAGCAACGCCAAUGUGAAAUUCACCCUGGCCGAGAUCAAGAAGGUGAUGCAGAUGCUGCUGAACGGACUCUACUAUAUCCACAGAAACAAGAUCUUACACAGAGACAUGAAGGCGGCCAACGUGCUCAUCACCCGUGACGGCGUGCUGAAGCUGGCAGACUUUGGGCUGGCGCGAGCCUUCAGCCUGGCCAAAAACAGCCAGGGCAACCGCUACACCAACCGCGUAGUCACACUCUGGUACAGGCCCCCAGAGCUGCUGCUAGGCGAGAGAGACUACGGGCCUCCCAUUGACCUGUGGGGUGCAGGCUGCAUCAUGGCGGAGAUGUGGACACGCAGUCCCAUCAUGCAAGGCAACACAGAGCAGCACCAGCUCACACUCAUCAGUCAACUGUGUGGCUCUAUCACGGCAGAGGUAUGGCCGGGCGUGGACAAGAAGUAUGAGCUUUACCAGAAGAUGGAGCUCCCUAAGGGCCAGAAGAGGAAAGUGAAGGACCGCCUCAAGGCUUAUGUCAAGGACCCGUACGCCCUGGACCUGAUUGACAAGCUCCUAGUCUUAGACCCGGCGCAGAGGACGGACAGCGACGACGCUCUGAACCACGACUUCUUCUGGUCGGACCCCAUGCCCUCGGACCUGAAGAACAUGCUCUCCACGCACAACACGUCCAUGUUUGAGUACCUGGCCCCGCCCCGCCGGAGAGGUCACAUGCCCCAGCAGCCAGCCAAUCAGAACAGGAACCCGGCCACAACGAGUCAGACGGAGUUUGACCGGGUGUUUUGAUUGGACUAAGGAGUUGGAGGAGGGCGAGUGGCAGACUGUUGCAAGGCAGAAAGUGGCCAGCCCCAGUUGGCGUAAGACUGAUUUUAGGGAACUGUAGCGUUCUUUCCAAGUGGAGGCAACAUGAGGAAAAUGUGGACGUUUCUUCAAGCAGUAUUGUUCUCCUGUUCAUGUUCUAUCACAUUAGUCUGUCCUCUGCCUCGGACAUUUGAUAAAGCGUUGAGAUAGUACUGUGUUGUUAUUGGGUGGGAUUUCAAUUCAAUAACUCAUUUGCUUCUUCUUACGCUUACUUGACCUUGUCUUGGAAGAUGUGAAAGGUUUUAUAGGGUGUAAAGGAUUUGUGAGGAACUAGGCCUACGCUUCAGCUACGUGACGGCUAGAUGGAGCUGUUGCUCUUUCACAAAACCUGCCCGGUCCUUUCAGAGUCAACAAAGACAGGAAGCAAAUUAUUGGAUUGGUAUCCAGCACUCCAUGGGCAUAGACGUGCGUUCAGUGGGUUGCUCCGAGGAUAAUUCCUCUAGUGUUGGAACACGUCCAAGAACCACACACACACACACAAAGAACCACACACACAAAGGAUUGACACAAGCCAUCAAGACAGCGAUUCUUAUCGCUAGAACCAGUAGUUUCCUCUUUUUUUUUUUUUUCACUGUUUUGUUCAUUUUAAAACAUUUCUUUUUUAUAUUGUACAAUCAUGAGUUUUGCCAGGUAUCUUUGUGGUGUAUGCGAUACGUUGUCAGUAUAGUUACACUAAUAAACCUCACUGAUACACUGCCA